AUGAUUAAGGCCGUAGACGAUCUGGUUUUAUCCACUUUCGGUGGCAAGGUCCACCCGGAUGUCUGCAUUGUCGCCGUUGCCAUAGUCGCACUCACGGUGCUGCGGUACCUUGUCGCGGGAUACGACGGACAAAAGGAGCCCCUGUGCCCUCCGCUGUUCAACAUCCUUAUCGACAAGUCAAACGUCGCCAAACCGAAGAAGACGUACAAGCUCGCGGAAUCCUUGUGGUACCUCUGCUGGCACGUCACGUCGCUGGCGUGCACCAUCUGCCUGCUGGCGCACGAGUACGGCACUCACGCGGAGCCCAAAUGGCUCUCCUACUUCCUCAAGGACCACAAGGGGAUGUGGUUUAUCUACGAAUCCGUCAGCGACGUGGGACACGAGAUCUCGUGGCCCAACAUCUCGAUGGCGGAUGGCGUCAGGAUGCUCAACCUCAUCAGCAUGGGGUUCUGGAUGAGCUGCUGCCUGUACAUCCACUGGGAGACCAGGCGGUCGGACAUCCAGAUCUUGCGGUUCCACCACUUCACGACGGUUAUCCUGAUUCUGCUCAACUACACCUACAGGUUCCACAGGAUCGGACUGCUCAUCAUCAUCCUGCACGACAUACCGGACGUGUUGCUCUUCACCACCAAGUGCCUCUCGUACUUGAGGCUGGUCCCUGAUCUCGUCACGGGCGCCGUGUUCUUGAUCUACGGAACCUCGCACUUCGUAUGCAGGCUGGUGCUGCUCGGCGCCUUCGUGGCGAGGCCGCUGUUCUUCAACAUCGGCUCCCCCGAGAUCUACGAGUUCGCGAAGAAGUACAUGUACUCGCUGCCAGGAGGUGUUCUGUGCAUCUGCCUGUUGACCAUUCUGACGGUUGGUUGGCGCCGAUUCGCGAGUCAACGUUCGCAGGUGAUGAACAUCUACUGGCUCAACCUCAUCGUCUCCAUGAUCCGUAAAUUCGCCAGCGGCGCGGAAAUCAGUAAGUGUGGCCACGCGGCAGCCUAA